AUGGCGUCAAAAACUCCUCAAGAGGUCUUCAGGCAGAAAGCACGCGCCGCCACCGCAAAUAACUCGACGGCUUCCGGUAGAUGUCAAAUCAAGCGGCCCGGUAUCAUUGAAGAUUCGACGCGCCUGCGGAGUGCUACCACGAACUCUCCGAUCAUCAAAACCAUGGGAGUGAGCCCGGAGGAAGCAACCGAGCACUGGAGAACAUUCAGCCGAAAAAUUCACGAGGACCUUCUGCCGGCUGCCGACAAUGACGGUGUAGAGCCGGACGGAGAAAUGUCAAAGCUCGUCUUCACCUUGAAGAACGCCUUCAAGGAUCGCGGCAUGGCCGGCUUAAAACUCCAGCUUCAGAACGGCUUCCUCGGCCAUCUCGCAUCAACGAGAUCGUUCUCGAAAGAUGACUAUCAGAACCAGAAAGCCCUGGCCGACCUGCGCUACCCCGCCGAAUGGUAUCCUGCUACCCGCAAGAUGCAACGCAAAAUCAUUCUGCACGUCGGUCCCACGAACUCCGGCAAGACAUACCAUGCGUUGAAGCGCUUGGAAGAGGUUGGAUCCGGUGUCUAUGCGGGGCCGCUGCGUCUCUUAGCCCAUGAGGUAUAUACUCGUAUGGCGGCCAAGGGAAUCCCCUGCUGGCUUGUUACCGGCGAAGAAAGGCGGAGAUCCAGAGAGGCAGCCGAAGGCGAGAAGACGCGGUUCGCAAAUCACAUUUCCUGCACAGUUGAGAUGAUUCCCCUCCACAAACAACUGGACGUUUGCGUCAUCGAUGAAAUCCAGAUGAUCGGCGACCUCGAACGCGGCUGGGCCUGGACUCAAGCCGUGCUGGGAGUGCAGGCGAAAGAGCUCCAUCUGUGUGGAGAAGCGAGGACUGUGCCUUUGAUCCGCGAACUGGCUGCUUCCAUGGGUGACGAAGUGCAAGUCAACUACUACGAUCGCUUGACCCCCCUCGACGUAGACAGCCGACACACGGGCACCAACUUCAGGACCCUCCGCAAGGGCGACUGCAUUGUUGCUUUUUCCAUCAUGGAAAUCCAUGCUUUGCGCCAACAGAUCCAACGUCAGACUGGUAGGAAGGUCGCAGUCGUCUACGGUUCACUGCCUCCGGAGACGCGCGCACAGCAGGCCAGACUGUUCAACGAUCCCGAAAGCGGAUAUGAUGUUCUGGUGGCCAGUGAUGCCAUCGGAAUGGGGCUAAAUCUGAGCAUCAAGCGCAUCAUCUUUGCGGCCGUCCACAAAUUCAACGGCUUUGAAGAAGUAGCCCUUUCGGUACCGCAUCUGAAGCAGAUCGCUGGAAGAGCAGGGCGUUAUAAGUCGGCACAUGAUGCAAACAAAGAGGCCGAUCGGGCUUCGAAGCGAUCGGACAAAAUCGAUGCUCCAACCAGUGCUCCUGCUGAAGAGUCGCAAUUUGAGUUCGCAGAGCCGCCACCCGGGGGUGGUCUGGUCACCACGCUUGACAGAAACGACAUGAAAUACCUUCAAAGGGCUUUGGGAACAGAGCCUGAAGCGAUCAAGACAGCGGGUCUAUUCCCUCCAGAUCCAAUCAUAGAGCGGUUUGCCAAUUACUUCCCCCCUGGGACGCCCUUCAGUUACAUUCUCCUACGUCUACAUGACAUCUCCAGCGUCCACACUCGAUUCCACAUGUGUGUCCUGAAGGAUCAGCUGAACAUCGCCGACGUUAUUCAGCCCAUUGAGGGCCUUUCCGUCCUGGAUAAGAUCAUGCUCUGCGCAGCACCUGCCAACGUCAAGACGCCGGAAAGCCAAAAGGUCCUCUACAACCUGGCAAAGUGUGUGGCGGACCAAACCAAUGGUAACCUAUUGGAUAUCGAAGGAUUCGAGUGGGAGGUCUUGGAUCGACCCGUGGACGCUAAUCGCGACUACCUCCAGAAGUUAGAGAUGCUUCACAAAGCGAUCGUGCUUUACCUCUGGCUAAGCUAUCGAUUUUCUGGCGUCUUUAGCACGAGGGCCCUAGCAUUCCACGCAAAGACUCUUGUUGAGGAUGCGAUCGAAAAGACGCUCAAUGCGCUCACAAAGAACAAGUCCGUGCGGAAAAGACGCGCACCGAAGAUCGCUCCUGAAUCUUCGACCUACCUCACCAAUAGCAUUGAACUGCAACAGACGCAGGCGUCGGAUGAUGUGGUGCUAGAGGGAAGUAGGCACGAGGAGGCGGGCAUUCUCGAUGGCGCCGAAGACCAUCAAAAGGUGGAGCCAGUGGAUGUCAAGCAUGAUGCUGUGCUCGAGAAGGUCGAGGCAGGUCCUCAAGAGGAGCCUGAAAUGGAAAAAGGGAGGGCGAGCAUGCAAAUGCGUAAACAUUGCGCAGGGGCUGAGGCUCUCGGUGACGUCGGGCCGGGAGAUUGCGGCGCUUCCGGAGGUUGCACGGUUGGCUUUGGCCCCAGGGUUUUCGGCCGCGCAGCCGCCAUCAUCCGCGCUUCGACACUAACCAACAUCCUCAUCACCACGCUCUUCCUCUCCAAUUCCCGCCUGCUAUCCACCCUUGACCCUUCGCCUGACACCAGCGGCCGCAUCGGCCGUGCACGCUUUCCCAUCAUGGCUGGCUCCUCGAUGCUGGAGAUGCCUCGUCCCUCUACUUUUCUCUACGCCAUGUCGCUACGCACCGGCGUCGAGCUCAUCGUCCUGACCAUUCUGGUCAACAAAAUCACCGGUUUCUACGGCAUCUUGGCCCUCGCGACCGGCUACCACGUUUCGCCGCUCCAGCUUUCCAUGUACAUCUACUCCAUCAUCGCCCUCUUCGUCACCGUCUACCUGGCCCGCUACAUCCGCAAGCAGGACCCGCUGCGCUGCCUCGCCCUCGCCUGGUUCUAUGCCAUCGACACCGUCGUCAACGCCGCCUACACCGCCGCCUUCGGCAUCGCCUGGUUCCUGGUCCUCGCCCAGCACCCGCACGAGCGCACUCCCGGCAGCGCCGACGGGCCCGGCGGCAAGAUGAUCGGCGACACGUCCGGCUUCACCGACCCCAAGUACAACGUCAGCCAGGUCGACGUCGUGGCCAAGCCGGCGGCGGGUGGGGUGGCGUCGGGCCAGGAGGCCGUGGCGGUCGGGUCGGCCGACGGCGGCUUCCCGGCCGCCGGCCUGGGCAGCGCCGUCUUCCAGAGCGGCAGCGUCAUGAGCAUCACCAUCAUCGCGGCCCUCUGGGCCGUGCGCCUGUACUUCGUCGUCGUCAUGCUCGCCUACGCCCGCAACGUCCUGCGCCAGCACAUCAUGAUGACGUCGGCCUCGCAGUACACGCUGCACACGGGCAACCCGUCGGACGAGCUCGCCGAGAACCCCUUCGCCGAGGACCGCGACGCCGGCCGCGGCUGGCCCGGCAGCCUCGGCCGCGCCAUGGUCUCGGUCGGCCGCGAGUACUGGCUCGGCCGCGACGAGGACGGCGAGUGGAUGCGCGGCAUGGGCGGCAAGUUCGUCAACCGCAAGAACACCACCACCCUGCAGCCCGCCCCCGGCGUGGGAGAGCGCGAGCGCAGGAGACGCAGCGGCACCGGCCCGCCCGCCCCUCCGCCUCAGCUGCCCCGCCCCGUCAGCCUCGAAUCCAUCCGUGACGCUCACUGA